CGCAAAAUUACUUUCCUACUCGUGCGAAAUAUGGAUUAGAUUAUUGCAAAGCUUGUGUUAAUUAUAAUUCAUCAAUUUUCUAAUUUUUAUCAACAUAAAAUACAUGUAGUAUUUGUUUGAUGUGACGAAAACAAACAUUCAAAAUGAAUGAUUGUGUAUUCUUAACUUCGAACUAGUUGAGAUGACUGACAUUAUAUAGUUGAGAUUUUUUUCUUUAUUUUCCCCCAACUUUAAUCUUUAAAAUUAUAUUUUCAUUGAAAAGGAGCAGCGGAUCUUGGGGGCCGCCCCCGGCCACGGCCGAGCCCUCCCCUGGAUUCGAAGUUAGUAUAGUCCUUGUAAAUUUCGAUUUUAGGUAUUCGAAUAUGUGCUCGUCGACGGAUUACGGCCCAAUUCUCUCUACCUUUUUUCAAACGUAGCACAGUGCUCUAUCAUGUGAUGGAUCCUUCACUGAAAAGGAGUAUACGUGAGAUUUUGUUAAAAAUGGAUUUUUUUUCAUUAUAAUUAUGGAGACACAUCACAAAAAAUUUACAAUACAUCAAAUUGUAUGGUACAUGUAUAAUAUAAUAUAUUUAUUAAUCACAAUAUAUCAAUUUAACAGAAACCAAACAAUUCCUUAGAUAAAAUUUCAUGAAAUGUGAUUUGGUUAUAAAGCUCUUCAUAACUCUGAUUGUGCAACGGAACCUCAACGACAACAACUCCAAACGUUAUAGACGGCAAAAAUAAAAGAAUUCCAAAUAUAAAUCUGGAUAAAUACAUGCAUAACAUCAGCAACGUAUCCAUCAUUUUUGGCCGUGGAAUAUAGGGCACGAACGCAAAACUAAGUUUGGAUAAAAUAAAACAUAAUAUCUCAUAGUAAUUAAGAAGUAGCAGUUUACAAAACACAUUCAACUUGGGGGAAAAAAAGUAUUGGUAGGACAAAAAAACGGCUGUCCGAGCAUCUAAUAUAAUGUUCAAUAUAUUGUUUUUGAGCUGUAUGUUGUCUUUACCAUUUGACAAUUUCGUGGACCUCCGAUUUGACGAUGAAUUCUGGGGAACGUGAAGAAGUUUUCGAAAACUUAAACAGCUUUUUUAUAGUUGUUAUAAAUCAUAAUAAUAAUAAUAAUAAUAAUAAUAAUAAUAAUAAUUUCUAUACACGAAUAUGUCCAAAAAUCCAGUCAGCCAAAGAGCCCGCUCAACGGGGUGUGCAACGGUUCGAUUUUGGUUGACCAAAAAUCAUAAGAAUUGCGGUUUAAUUGUAAAAGACAUAUGAAGUUCAAAGUAUAAAUUUACAUCGUAUCCGGUUUGAUUUGGUCCAAAACAAAUAUCACUUUGAUUAAAUUUUUUCCAAUAUUUAUAAAAUUCAUAAAAGCAAAAACCAGACCACCACGUUAUACUCAACUCAAAACAUUUCAUUUGAUCCAAUACGAUUCAAUACGAACCAACCCGUUACACACUCCUACCCAAAGAUGGGUUUCCUUCUGAACAUCAAAAUUGGGAAUCUCACCAAUUAACCACCACGAAGCUGGUAGUCCUCAUUAUUGUCUCAAUUGGCAGAUGCCCCAAACUUUCCCGUUUCCUUAUAUGGUUCCCGAUGACCGCCAACAACCACGUCUCUACGGCCAAUAAUUAAACACAUCCCUCCUUCCCUUUCUCUCCGCCCUCUCUCACCCACCAAUCAAAACACAAAACCAUGAAACACUACGCCAGUGGCGCCGUCGCGCUUCUCUACCUGGUCCAGCUGGCGGCGGGGCAGGCCGGCGACAUGUUCACCCCGCCGCCGGCCAGAAACCCCUUCGCCUUGGGGUCCCAGUUCAACCCGACCAUGGCCAUCAUCAUGGUUGUCCUCGUCGCCGCCUUCUUCUUCAUGGGCUUCUUCUCCAUCUACGUCCGCCGCUGCACCGGCCGCCGCUUCCACGGCGACGACUUCCACUUCGAGCACUUCGCCGGCGGCCGGUGGUCCAUCUCCGAUCCGCCCGGGCUGGACGCCGAGAUCAUCGACUCCUUCCCGACGUUCCUCUUCUCGUCGGUCAAGGGUUUGAAGAUCGGGAAAGGCGGGGUGGAAUGCGCGGUGUGCAUCUGCGAGUUCGAGGACCACGAGAUGCUGCGUUUGAUCCCCAAGUGCAGCCACGUGUUCCACCCCAAGUGCAUCGACGCGUGGCUCGCCUCCCACGUCACCUGCCCGGUCUGUCGGGCCAACCUGAACCCGGUUCCACUGGACCGCUACUCAUCGUUCUUCCCGUUUCCGGAUUCAGAUCGAGAUAUCCACCCGCCCGAACCGGAUCGGGCAAACCAGAGCGGUUCCGGUGUCGUCGAUGAUGAUCAUCUUUCACAAAUUUUGGUUCGUGCUGAUGAUCAUCAUCAGGAGAGCAUCCAUAAUCAAAAUAACGGUUUCGAUGAAAUCAAUUUGUCGUCGCCGCACGAGCAAGUGUCGAUGCCGGUGUCGGUCGAGUCACAGAAGAAGCAGUGCGGCCAUGCUCGAACCGGUUCGAGCGGGUGGAGUUUCAGGCAGUUAUUCCCCAGGUCGCACUCCACGGGUCACUCGCUGGUUCAAUCGGGAGAGGAUCCCGAGCGGUUCACCCUGCGACUUCCGGAAGAUGUGAGGAGCCGACUGCUGACCACCGAAUUGAACCGGACGAGGAGCUGCGUGGUAUUUACCAGGGCGAGGAGCGGGAGGAGAGGGUUCAGGAGCGAGGGCGAAGGAGGAGGAGCUGGUGGGAGGCCGAGUAAGAUCAGUUCUUCGGGCAGCUACGAUCGGUUCGACCUUGAUCAAGAAGAUCGGUCGGUUCGAAAGGGUUCUGCCCCGGGACUCCCACCUCUUCCUCCAAAAAAUGGGUCCGGUCCGAGCCGCGGUAAGAGAGGAAUAGAAGGCGGAAACGAGGAUGGCGGUGGGAGUCUACCAAGGAGGUCUUCUAGAUCAGUAAGAUCAUCGUUUGACAGAUUUCUGCUUGGACUUGAUACGAAUUAUACGGCUAAUAGUAACCAAAAGCCAAUUGGUGAACGAUCAUUUGAUCGUUUGAGGGGCGACAGUAGUAGUCAAGUUUAGAUUAACAACCUUUCACUUUGGCACAUUGUGUGGUAAUUGAUGAAGUAAUGACACUAUUUCCUCUUUUUUGUUUUUGUUUCACAUCGAAUCUAAUUUGUACAUACCUUAGUUUCUAUUGAAUUACAAAAAACAAUAGAUUAGAAGAGGUCACGGUUUUCAAUGAAAGGUGGUAAAUAACUUACUCACGUAUCAAGACUUGUAUUGUUGAGAGUUCAGAGCUAUUCGGCAUGUUUUCACAAUUUUGUGUCCGUAACGCUAAUGUUGGUUCAAUUGCAAAAAAAAAAAAAAAAAUCAUUUCUGUUAAGUUCAAUAACAAAUUGGUUAACGUUCAAAUUUUAACAAGUCAUACACGCAUCUACAUUUCAUUAAUUAAUAUACAUUAUGAUACGUUAAAUAUCAUCGGAAAUUUACAUUUUGGUACGUAAAAUUUUUAUAAUGACAUUUCAGUAUCUAAACUUUCAAAAUUAACAUAUUGGUUCAAUGUUUAGAUAUCAUUUGGAUCUACGAAUCCAAACCACUAAUUCAUAUCAUUGAAUCUACCAAUCCAUGAAUCCAAUUAGGGCUGGUAAAUGGCUAUCCUACUAGUUAGUGGUGUAACCAGUAAUCGAUCAAAAAUUGGUGGUUAAUGGUUACACCGAUAAUCAAUUAAAUAGUAUAUGGUCAAUUCUCGAUAGCCAAAUUUAGCUAAUUACUAACCGACGGGUAAACGAUUAAUAACCGACGAUCAAACGGUUAACUAACCAACCGAUUGCGGCUAUCCUCAUAGUUAAGGGAAAAAAUAAUAGGCCACAAUGAGUCGCAAACAUAGGUAAAAAAAUAAUAGAAUGUUUGACUAGGGGCGGAGUCAGGAUUUCGAGACCGGGAUCGAAAAUAAUUAAAAAAAAUCUAUGCAACCAAUAUGGAUCGAACCCGUUUGUUUUAACUUUUAAGACACAAGUCAAACUUGUCUACCAUUACACCACAUAACUAUUGCAUGACACAAUUUACUGAACAAGCUCUACUUAUAAAAUUUGUACUAAAUAUCCUUAAACACCUAGGGGCCGGGACCGGGGGGGGGGCUCGGGGCCCACCCUAGCUACAAUGUAGCUCCGCCCCUGUAUUUGACGGCCUACACGAUCCCUUGCCUACCUUAGUGGUAAUAGUGACUUAGCUUCAAAUGAAAUUAAUUUUAAGGAAGUCCUUUAUGACUCGCUCCUAACUACACAUUCCCAAUCGAAGGCCAAGCAUAACCAACGGUCGGGCGUAGUAUAGGGUAGGUAAAGCAAUACAAUUAUCGAAUCACGGGUCUCUAGAUGUACCGUUACUUUGCCUAGGUUCGUUAUCUAGCCCACCACGAAUAGUGAUUAAGGAACUAAGCUAAUCAAACCACUAUUCUAGCUAAUUACAAAGUGGAGCUCACUUAGCCCUGAAUUCCCCUAGUUCCUUCAUUGGAUAUUGAUGUUAAGUACUAACCUAGAUUGAUUGACUCGAUACUUCUACCGUGGAGAAUUCUAGACUAGAUUAGACUCCCAAUUCGACUUAUCAACCCCACUCAAUUACACUACCGGGGGAGGUCUACCAUACAUGAUACAACCGACCUAGGUAAUUGAGGUGUACACAACCAACUCCCACGAUUGGGAACCCCCCAAUAUGAUACUAUGGACCCAAUCACUUGCUUAAUGGUUAUUUGGUUAGGUGAUAUAAUAUAAUUGAGAACCAACUAUACAGUGACAAUUAACCGACUUAUAUAAAUGGUUCGGUUAAUGAUAAGCACAAAAUGCUUAAUGAUUUGCCACAUCUAAUAGAUAUCUUAUGAAUUGGAGCAGUUCUGGUAUUUAAUCUUAUUGUCAAUAACCAUGCAUAACUUCCCACAUCACAAUUUAUGGAUGGUCUCUAACUUUUUUUCCCUACAAAUUUUACGCUAUAUCUCUUUCUUUUUAAGUCGCAAUUUAAAACUUUUUGCAUAGAUAAAUCAGAUAAAUUGUG